AUGAAUGAAACCAUAGCGUUCAAGGCCUCUGUCAUGCCUCGUGAUAGGUCUUUUGAGUCCGGCAAAGUGUUGAACGAAAGUGAAGUUGCAGCCAUUAAAUCAAGGGAGCUGGGGGAGGGGCUUCGUCCGCAAAAGAAGCCUGAAGGUUCGCCGAUUAACAACGUGCCGAGCAGUCCACAACAAGCAAUGAACAUGCAUCUUGGAGGCGCGUUUCCGUUCUCGCUUGUGCCGACAACUUCGACCGCAUCAUCACAGGCGUCGGUGAUCAUGAGUUCGUCAGAUUCAGCCCGUGACGAUGUGACGCCGCCAGCUGGUAAAAGGAUUAAAACGGAAGAGGAUGACGAGAAGACUGCCAGAGAUUCUGCUGCCACAGCGGUAACAUCCACGUUUAAAUGUAACGAAUGUGACAAAGCGUUCAAAAGUCUGGAAUUUCUGGAACAUCAUAAACUUAUGCAACAUAGCGGAUUUUCACAGCAACUGCUCACUGGUUUGUUGCCACAAGGCUUCCCGUCGUUGCCCUUUAUGCUGCCAGGUGGAUUACCUCAACAGUUCCAGAUGCCCGAUAUGGAUUCACUGAGCGCGAUGAAUACGCCCAAACAAGCGCGGCUGCACAGUGAAACGUCCCGAGUACCUCGGCUCGAAUUGGCAAGACCAAUUGGCAGAUUUGGGUGUAUCACAAAAGAAAUGCAUGGCAUAGUGAUCGAUGAGAAUAAGACGGUUAUUGCCAAUAUUGAUACGUUGGAAAAAGAGCGUAUGGGUACGCUAUCAUUUAGAUGUGAUAUCUGUCAUACGGAGCAUAAAUCACGACACCUCUUGCGACAACACAAGCAGGACGUUCAUGGUGUGGUGCCAUUGUCGACCCCGUCCAACAGAAAACCGUCAACGAUGUCGUCACCAGCAAUUGGUGGCAGUGGGGCCGUGGCAGGCGACGAGAAACUGGAGAAGUGUCCGCUGUGCGAACGGCGUAUGCCAGCGUCGAAUCUCACCAAUCAUAUCCAAGCUGAACAUACCGGAGGUGGUGGUAUGUCGAUGACCCAAGCACCUCCGGCAUCCCCUUCGUUGGAAUGCAAGUUCUGCCCGACAACGUUCAAAGAUCAAAUGGAGUUGCAUUUGCAUCAAAUUAAUCAACAUACCGUCGAGUUGUUGCAACAAUCACAGCAUGUCGACACUGUGAAAAAAGCGUCCGAUACGACCACGGUGGUGUUGCGAUGCCGGCGAUGUCAGUACUCGACUCGUGACCCAAGGAAUCUUGAGAUGCACGUUGAGCGACAUGAGCGGAUGAAUGAAGCGACACGGGAAUCCGGCGCUGAAAUCAAUAGCGAUGCGGCUCUUCGAGCUACCACAGAAGCGGCGCUGAAGAUGAUGGUGGCUAAUCAGAGCGGCUCGAUGUCACCGUCGGGUGAAUCACUACCAGAAGGCUUCGGCAAGCCGGACAGUGGAUCCUGCGACGAGAAGCACGUAAUGCAGUCGUUUGUGUUGCGCUGUACGGCGGACGCUUCAGGCGCCUUCCUAUCGGAGAUGAUCGCCCAUUUGCCGGUCCGAACGCUACUCUCACAACCGACGCGGGUCUCAUUCGAGUUGGUCCCACAUCAGGUGUCCAAUGACUCGAAUCCGUUCUAA